AUGGGAAGAAGGGACUCUUGGAAAGCAGUUGGCUUUUCUGCUGCUUCGAAGUCGCAAGAGAAUGAUCCUUUCAAGGGCAUCGAAAAGCUCAAGAACGAAAACGCAGUGAAGCACACUUACGAUACUUCUUCCCAAAAAUGGCGAAAAACGCGGAUCCAGAUCAAAAUGGAAUCCGAACAGUUCGCAGAGGGCUGUAUGCGCCGAGCUUUCAAGGCAAAAUUUCUCGAAGGUCGUGACUCGGAUUGGUCUCAUGCCACAAAUGUCGUUUUGAAGGAAUAUCUGGACUUUGCUCCAACGGAGAAUUACUAUCAAGAUGCUCAGUGCCAAUCUUUGGCGAAAUAUUAUUCCGAAGAAUACAACAAACUCAAGCCGCACAAGAAAAUUGACUUUCUGCCAUGGGCUCAAAUUCUUUUAACUUACCUUAUUUUUGAAUUCCAAGAGCGCGAGUUUUCUCCAUGUUUUCACUGUGAAUCUUUCAUUGAGGGCGAUUAUCAAAAACACAAUUCAAAUGCUGGAUACGUCAACGCGGGAAGUGAAGAGGGCAAGGCACGAACAACGCCACACGCCUUUUCGCACUUUACUUUUGUCAAGUCGCAGUACAAGCAUAUUGUCGUCGAUAUUCAGGGUGUCCAGGAUAUCUUCACCGAUCCCUGUAUCCACACAAUCGAUGGCGAAGGCUAUGGAGAAUCGAACCUUGGUCUUCGUGGAAUCUCAUUAUUCUUCCUUUCUCAUCGAUGUAACAAAGAGUGCAAGAGGCUGAAACUGAAAGAAAUAGAACUUCAUCCGGCAGAAAUCACAGAAGAAAUGACAAUGGCGAUCCAAGACACAAUUUUUGAGAUGACGCAGAAAAUGACUGUUCGCCGCAGAACUACUGGCACCCUGCCGCCGCUAGAAGAAGACACCUGGGUUCCAGCAGAAACCUCCGCAAUUACUGAAAAGCAUGAACCGACUUCGUCGAGAGUCUCUAGAAUCGAAAAACUGCCAGUGUCGACGAAAGAACACGAAUCCCAUCCGAUAGCUUCAGUUCAUUAUGGAAUUGCGGACUUGUACUGUAGUGGCUGGUACAUGGAUUUGGUCACUGAGGCAGCAAUUUUCCACCUAAAUCUGGCGGCGCGAGAAUAUAAAAAUCUGAAAGCAAUGACAAUCUUGGGCACAAAACUACUCGGCCAAGACACAGACGAGCUCGAAGACCUCGAAAUUCCGAAAGACACAGCUGCUGGCUGGGAAUUGAUUCAAGAAGCGGCCCUCUUCGGCGACAAAAAUUGCAUCUGGAAAAUGGCGCAGCGCUAUCAUCAUAUGGAGCGAGAUCCGAGAAAGGCUCUUCAGUGGUACACUGUGCUUUACGAUUCUGGAACAAACACCCCCUUCAUUCGAUAUCACAUGAUCAUUUCAAAUAUUGCGGAUAUUUAUUUCAAAGGACAUGGAUUAGGAAUGGGCACGAAUGAGCGACUCGAACUGGCUUGCGACUUCUAUCAAAGGGCCGCUGAUGAUGCGAAACGAGAUGGCAGAAUCCGUCAAGCUGCCAAGUAUUCUGAACUCGUCGAAGAAAUUUUUGAGAAAAUGGGAUGA